AAACCUUAAGGCAAUAUUCCCAGAAAAAGUAGUCUUCCAAAGAGAAGAUAAAUGUACUAAAGACUGGGGCAAAAAAAGAAUUCUGGUAAAUAACUUCCAGCUUCAUUCCAACAGUAUAUAGAAGAAUGUACAUUUCUUACUGUCUCCUUGAUGUGUAGCAGUUUGAGGCACUUAUCUCAGACAUGAGCAGUGCCAGUAAUUCCCUGGCACGUGAAUUUUUGACAGAUGUCAACCGUCUCUGCAGUGCAGUGGUCCAGAGGGCAGAGGCCAGGGAAGAAGAAGAGGAGGAAACUCACAUGGCAGCUCUUGGACAAUACCUUGUUCAUGGCCGUGGAUUUAAUUUGCUUACCAUGCUCAACUCAAUUAUUGAUCAGGAGCUGACAUGUCGAGAAGAACUCCUAACUCUCCUUCUCUCACUUCUGCCACUGGUGUGGAAAAUACCUGUCCAAGAAGAAAAAGCAAUAGCAGGUUUCAGACUGCCCUUCACAGUUGAUGUAUGCCUGACCAAAGAGACAAAUUCAGGUUCUCUGAAAUCCACUCAGGAAAAAAUAAGUUUAGAAGGAAACUCUCCUCCAUCUCUUCAGCCUUCUGGAAAAAUAUAUCCCUUCUCUCGAAAAAGUAGGCGUCAGCGCAAGACUACCCACCGUUAUUCAGUGAGAGAUGCAAGAAAAUCUCAGUUAUCUACUUCAGAUUCUGAAGGCAAUUCAGAUGACAAGACUACCAUAAUGAUAAAACACAGGCGGUCCCAAUUCUUGCAGCCUUUUGUAAUGUAUCCACCCAGGGACAACUUCUUUGCAGGUCUGUGUGAUCAGCCAUCAGCAGAAGCAGUACCAAAUGCUAAUCCUGAUGCUAUGAAUUCAGAAAAGUCUAGACGAGACAUUCCAGCACAUGAACUAAAUCCUGAGGUUUUAAGUGAGCCAGCUGCAGCUACUGUUAUCGCCAGCAUGGACAAUUCUCCAUUUGACUUGUGCCAUGUCUUGUUGUCACUGUUAGAAAAAGUAUAUAAAUUUGAUAUUACCUUGAAUCACAGUUCUGCCCUUUCAGCGAGUGUAGUACCUACAUUAACAGAAUUCUUGUCAGGUUUUGGAGACUGUUGCAAUAUAAAUAGUUCUGCAGAAAGUGAAGUGGUUUCUGUAGGCUGGACAGAAGAACCUGUGGCAUUAGUUCAAAGAAUGCUCUUUAGAACAGUGCUGCAUCUUAUGUCCUUAGAUAUUAGCUGUUCUGAGUCAAUGCCUGACAACUUGAGAAAAAAUCUAAUAGAUUUGCUUAGGGCAGCUUUAAACAUCAGAAUUGCUUUGGAAAAGCAGUCUGAUCCUUUUGCUCCAAAGCAAAAGAAAACACUACAGGAGGUUCAGGAUAACUGUGUAUUCUUGAAGUAUUGUCACAGAGCCCUUAUUUUACCUGAGCUGCUAGAAGGGGUUUUGCAUAUUCUGAUCUGUUGCCUUCAGAGCGCAGCCUCUAACCCAUUCUACUUUAGUCAAGCUAUGGAUCUGUUUCAUGAGUUCGUACAACAUCAAGGAUUUAAACUCUUUGAAAUGGUAGUCCUUCAGAUGGAAUGGUUGGUCACAAAGGAGGAGGGAAUAACUAACGAAGCGUCAGAGCAUCUAAAAGAACUAAUUAAUAGCAUUAUGAAAAUAAUCAGCACUGUCAAAAAAGUGAAAUCAGAGCAGCUUCAUCAGUCAAUGUGUACGCGAAAGAGGCAUAGGCGAUGUGAGUAUUCUCACUUCAUGCAUCACCACAGAGAUCUUUCAGGGCUUCCAGUUUCUGCUUUUAAAAACCAGUUUUCAAAAAACCCCUUUGAGGAGACCAUGGAUGGAGAAGUCUGUUAUCCUGAACGGUGCUGUUGCAUUGCUGUUUGUGCUCACCAGUGCUUGCGUUUGCUGCAACAAGUUUCUUUAAGCAGUACCUGUGUUCAGAUACUGUCAGGUAUGAAUAACGUAGGAAUAUGCUGUUGUAUGGACCCAAAAUCUGUGAUUACACCAUUACUCCAUGCUUCCAAAUUACCAGUAUUAAAAAACUUUCAACAAUAUGUUUUGAGCAUCCUUAACAAGUUUAUAUUGGAUCAAUUGGGUGGAGCUGAAGUAUCUCAAAAAAUUGUACAGGCAGCCUGCAAUAUUUGCACAAUUGACUGUGACCAACUUGCUGAAUUAGAAGAGACUAUGCAAGGCAACUCUCCCGAUGCAGGCCCUGCAUCCAGUUUUUCAGGUUCCUCUUACAGGUUUCAAGGGAUCUUACCUACUAAUGGAUCUGAAGAUAUGUUGUUGAAAUGGGAUGCUUUGGAGGCUUACCAGGAUCUUAUUUUUGAAGAAGACAAAUUAUGCAGUGUGCAGAUAGCGACCCACAUUUGUCACUUAAUCCAAAAGGGCAAUGCUGUGGUUCAGUGGAAGCUAUAUAACUAUAUAUAUAACCCAGUGCUGCAGAGAGGAGUUGAGUUAGCCCAUCACACCCAGCAACUAGGUGUAACUACAGCGUGCAGUCACAUAUGCACCUAUCAUAGCCAAUAUUUGCCUCAGGAAGUACUUCAGAUUUAUUUACAGACACUGCCUGCAUUAUUUAAAUCCAGGGUAAUAAGAGACUUGUUUUUAAGUUGUAAUGGAGUAAACCAAAUGACAGAACUAAAUUACUUGGAUUCGGUAAGAGUUCAUUCUCUGAAAGUUUUUGAAACUCUUAUAUUCUCCCUUGGAGACCAGCAGAAAGACCAAGCAAUGCCAGAGUUAGAAGGUUUGAAUAGUGAACAAAAGGAGUCUACUUUGGAUCUACCUGCUUCCUUGUGUAGCCAGCAGAGGAAUUCAGAUGUUCCUCAGAGCCUGAGCAAGUUUUAUGCUGGCCUUAAAGAAGCUUAUCCAAAGAAGAAAAAGUCCAUCAGCCAAGACAUUCAUGUCAACACAAUAAACUUGUUCCUCUGUGUGGCCUUUUUGUGUGUGAGUAAAGAAGCAGAUUGUGAUAGGGAUUCAGCUAAUGAUUCUGAAGAUACUUCAGGCUAUGAUAGUACAGCUAGUGAACCUUUGAGUCACAAGCUACCAUGUCUGUCACUAGAAAGCCUUGUUUUACCUUCCCCAGAGCAUAUCCACAGAGCAGCAGACAUUUGGGCUAUGUGUCGUUGGAUCUAUUUGUACAGUUCAGUUUUCCAGAGGCAGUUCCAUAGAUUGGGUGGCUUUGAAGUAUGCCAUAAGUUGUUGAUUAUGAUUAUCCAGAAACUUUCCAAAAAUAAAGAAAAGCAGCAAGAAAAAAAGGAGGGACUUUUUACUGAAAACGGUAAAAAUGUGAAUGGGAGUCCUCGAAUUGAGCCUGUUUUCAAAGAAGCCUUGUCUCAUGUGACUAAGAAAAAUAAGUUGGCAUCAACAGAGGUUCAUAGUCUGGUUGAAAAUUCUGAGGCUACAAGACAACUAGUGUCUGAACAUAUUUCCAGUGACCACUCUUUUAGUGUGGAACAAAUUUCAGGUACUCCUGUUCAUCCUGAACUAGAAGCUUCUGAAAGACAAGAGAAUGAGUGGGCAUUUCAGAGUAUAAGACUUUUGGAAGCUCUCCUGACUAUUUGUCUACAUGGUGUAAAUAAUAUGCAACAGAAGUUGGAAAUGGAGAUGCCUCACCAGAACGUGUGUGUGGAAGAUAUAUUACUUGAAAUACGGGACCAGCUCACUCAGGCAAAAGUUGUUGAAACUGACUUGGCAAAACCACUCUUUGAUUCACUGCUUCAAGUUGCACUGGGCAAUUUUUCUGCUGAUCUGGAUAAUUCUGAAGAAAAAACUGAGAAGGACCAACAAACUGAAAAGGAGUCUGUGCCACAGUCAGGGGAUCUUUCAGAGGAAACUGAGGAAUCACAGUGCUGUAGUUUGAAACUCUUUGUUGAAGAAGAAGGCUAUGAAGCAGAUAGUGAAAGUAACCCUGAUGACAGUGAAACCAAAGAUGAAGGAGCAGACACUAAAUCAGAAGCAGGAUGCAGUGGUCCUUCAAGUUAUUCCAGUGACCUAAUUGAAAGCCUCAAUCAAGGAGAAUUAAUAUAUCCUGAAAUCUGCAUGCUAGAAUUAAACUUGCUUUUGGCUGGUAACCCAAGUCUAGAUGUGCUUGCCCACGUUUUUGAGAGUUUCUUGAAAAUCAUCAGACAAAAGGAAAAAAAUGCCACUUUACUCAUGCACCAGGGAGUUGUAAAAAAUCUUUUGGGAGGAUUCCUAAACAUAUUGACACAGUCAGACUCCAAUUUGUAUGAAUGCCAGGUAGUGCUGGUGGAUCUGCUGGAUUCUUUGAUGAGCUCAAGGACAUCCUCAGAAGAGUUAACCCUUCUCUUGAGGAUCUUUUUGGAAAAAACACCCUGUACAGAGAUACUACUUCAGGGUAUACUGAAGAUUGUGGAAGCUAAUAUCUAUGUGAGCCCAUUACAGUAUCUCACCUUUCCUUUGCUACACAUCCCAAAUUUAAGUAGCAGCUCUUCACAAAAAUCUGCUAGCAUUCUGAACAGCAAGGCCAUUGGUUUAUUAAAAAGAGGAAAGCUUUCACAGAGCAAGAAAGAAGCAGGUGGUGAGAAUUUGACUCACCAGCUUCUUUCUUCUUGGCAUGUAGCCCCAAUCCAUUUGCCUUUGGUUGGACAAAACUGUUGGCCACACAUGUCUGAGGGCUUCAGUAUCUCAUUGUGGUUUAAUGUGGAGCAUGUUCAAGAAAUGGAAAGUCCUACAGAGAAAGGGAAGAAGACAAAGAAAAGAAGCAAACCACUAAUUUUACGAGACAGCAACUUUGAUAGCACAAAAGAAAGCAAACCUGUAGGCUUUGAGAGCCUAAGCUUGGGAGACAAACUUGUUGAAGAUGGCUGCAUUCAUAUAGUUUCAUUGGGCUCCAAAGCACUGAUGAUGCAAGUUUGGGCUGAUUUGAACACUGGCGCUUUCAUUUUUCGUAUGUGCAUAGAUCCAAAUGAUGAAAUGAAAGCUGGCCUGCUGGCACAGGCUGAAUCUCCAGAUAAUGUUUUCCGUAUAGGCAAGUGGCAGCAUUUGGCAUUAACAUAUUUGCAGCAGCCAGAAGGCAAGAAGAAUAUACAUGGAAAACUGUCACUAUGGGUCUCUGGUCAGAGAAAACCUGAUAUUGGUUUAGAUUAUGCACUACCAAGGAAAACAAGUUUGUCAUCUGACAGUAAUAAGACCUUUUGUAUGCUCGGCCACUGUACAUCAUCCCAAGAAGAAAUGUUCCAAUUGGCUGGGAAGUGGCAUCUGGGAAACCUGCUUCUUUUUAAUGGUGCAAAAAUUGGUCCAGAGGAAGCAUUCUACCUAUAUGCCUGUGGACCAGACUUUACCUCUGUAAUGCCUUGUAAAUAUGGCAAAACCUCAUUUGAUUAUUCCAAAUACAUAAGUAAAGACAUUCUACAGUGUGAACAAAUUAAGGAACUUUUCAUGACAAAGAAAGAAGUGGAUGUUGGGCCUUUAAUUGAAAGUCUUGCUGUUGUUUAUACCACUUGUUGUCCUGCUCAAUACACAAUCUAUGAACCUGUUAUUAGAUUAAAAAGUCAAGCGAAAAGUGUACCUGCUCAAAGACCUUUCAGUUCAAAAGAAGUUCAAAGCAAUGAAUUGGACCCUCAUCACCUGAAAAUGCUUCAGCCUAUUGAAUGCAAAACUCUUCAGGGUAUACUGCAUGAGAUUGGAGGAACUGGUGCAUUUAUCUUUCUUUUUGCCAGGGUUGUUGAGAUCAGUGAUUCUGAAGAAACACAAGCUUUAGCACUUCAACUUAUACUGUCUUUAACAAAAUACAAUCAACAGAGAAUACAAGAGAUGGAAAACUGCAAUGGAUAUUCCAUGAUUCAUCAGGUGUUGACCAAACCUAAGUGUAUUGUUGGAUUUCGCAUUUUGAAGACACUCCUUGAAGGAUGCUACAGUGAUGAGAUUCUCCAUAUAAAUGAGAGUGGACAAUUCAUGCUCGAUGUAGAUUCCAAUGCGGUAAUCCAAGAUGUCAAAUUGCUAGAAAAACUGUUGCUUGAUUGGAAGAUAUGGUCUAAAGCACAGCAAGGUGUUUGGGAAACCUUGUUAGUAACUCUAGAAAUCCUUAUUAGAGCUGAUCAUCACCAACAGAUGUUUAACAUCAGACAACUAUUGAAAGCUCAAGUGGUACACCGAUUCCUGCUGAUGUGUCAAGUUCUGCAGGAGCACAAAGAAGGGCAUCUUGCAUCCCUACCUCGGGAGGUUUGUAGAUCAUUUGUGAAAAUUAUUGAAGAAGUGCUUGGAUCUCCCCCAGACCUGGAGUUACUGACACUGAUCUUCAGUUUCCUCUUAGCAGUUCACCCUCCUACUAAUACAUAUGUUUGUCACAAUCCCACCAACUUCUACUUUUCCCUGCACAUAGAUGGCAAGAUUUUUCAGGAGAAGGUCCAAUCAAUCAUGUACCUUAGAAAUUUCAGCAGUGGUGGGAAACCAGUGGAGAGUUCUGCAUUUGAAGUUACAAGUCCAGCUGGAUUUACAGCUGCACUACCACAAGGAGGUAUUGCUUCCAAGGUUAGUGUGCCACAGUUAAUGGGCUCUCAGGAACGGCGUUGCAAAAGCCUACCUGCAUCUCCUACUUCCUCACCACAAAUGCAUCCAAAAAGGCUAACUGGGAGUUUGGGCAAGAAUAUUGAUCACCUGCAGGAAGCUGGAGGAGGAAGGACUAAUCUACAGGAAAAAAUCACUUUAAUGGAAAGUUCUGAAACCUUAAAAAGGGUGCAGGAGGAACUUUUUAUCAGCAGCUGUGAGUCUGCGAAAACAGUUUGUGAUUCAGAGUUAACAUCUGCUGAAAUAUUUGUUGACAUUCCAAAAGAAGAAGAACUGUCUGCUAAUGCACCUGACAGCAAAGAAGCUAAUGCAGAUCUGAAACCUAAUGAGGAUGGUGGUGAUACUGAAUCAACAUUGCGCCGUCCUGACCAUCUGAAGGGGCUGCCUUCAUUUCAGAAAAGUCAAAAUAAUUUCCCAGGCUUGGGUUUAGCAUUUUCUGCUCAUAGUGGGCCAUCAACCAUGUCUCGCUGGCCGAGCCUGACAGACAAGAAUGUGCCUCCUGAAGACUGGGAAGGUCUUAACUUUUCUUCAGUCAGUGAGCAGACCCUUAAAAAAUCUGAAAGCCUUGAUGAUAGGUCCACAGAAGAUUUUCUUGUGCUUAUAUGUUGUGGUUUAUAUGACCUCUUGCGUGGAGUACUUUUAAUCCUGCCUGAUAUCAUGCUAGAAGAUGUGAUGGACAAAUUUAUUCAGCCUGAUACUCUUAUAGUUCUUGUGAACCAUCCAUCACCUCUCAUACAACAAGGAGUCAUUAAAUUUUUAGAUGCAUAUUUCAACAGAGCAACUAGGGAACAAAAGGAGAAGUUCUUAAAGAAUCGUGGCUUCUCUUUGCUAGCCAACCAAUUGUAUCUUCACCAAGGAACUCAAGAGGUUGUUGAGUGCUUUUUGGAAAUGCUCUUUGGCCGUUCUCUUGGCCUGGAUGAAGAAUUUGAUCUGGAAGAUGUGAAAAAUGCUGGACUUUUUCAGAAAUGGUGCAUCAUUCCUGUUUUGGGACUUAUAGAAAACUCUCUGUAUGAUAAUGUACUGCUGCAUAAUUCCUUCUGUCUUCUGCUGCAAAUCAUAAAUUCCUGCUCUAAAGUGGCAGACAUGCUGCUUGAUAAUGGUUUGUUGUAUGUCCUGUGUAAUACAUUAGCAGCACUCAAUGGACUGGAACAAAACAUUCCCUUGAAUGACUACAAGCUACUUGCAUGUGAUAUUCAACAGUUACUAGUCGCAGUCACAAUCCAUGCCUGUAGUUCUUCAGGAUCUCAGUACUUUCGUGUUGUCGAAGAUCUUAUUGUAUUAUUGGGACAUCUUCAGAAUAGUAAAAAUGAGAGGACACAAAAUAUGGCAAUUACACUGCAGUUCAGAGUUCUUCAUGCAGCUAUUGAAUUAAUAAAAACUACAGCAAACCAAGAUUCUCAGGAACAGGCCAACUCUCUACAUUUACCUGCUACCUGCCAUCAUGCAAUGUUACAGAAACGUAAAAGCAUUGCUGGUUCCAGAAAACUUUCCAUUGCUCAGUCUGAUACGCUGCUGAUGAAAAUGCGUUCAGUAGCAAGUGAUGAACUCAAUAUGAUGAUACAGCGGAGAAUGAGCCAAGAGAAUCCAGUCAGAGCUACUGAAACUGAGUUUGUGCAGAGGUUACAGAGACUAACUGUUCUAGCUGUUAACAGGCUCAUUUAUCUAGAAUCUACUCAGGAUUGCCUUUAUGUACUGGGUGCACCAGAGACCACAAUCCAAAGCAGACUUUCAGCAUCUCAGUUGGAAGCAUCUGAAGAGGAAGAGCACCGAGAGCUGCCUAAUGAUACAAAUCCUUUUCUGAAAGAAAUGAUCAAAAUACUAAUUGAGGGGAUCAAAGUAUCUAUUAGUACGAGCAGAAUGAGCACUCCCAGGCACCAGUGGAAGAGAGUCCUCUGGUCAUGUAAAGAUACGUUCCGUACGCAACUUGGAAGACUCCUCGUGAAUGUUUUGUCCCCAGCAAGACCCUUGCAGGAAAGAAAACUAGCUUUGGACAUAGUGUGUGAAACAAACCACCAGGAGAUUUUGCGAGACUGUCUGAGUCCAACUUUACAUCAUGGACCUAAAUUAGCCCUCUAUUUGUAUGACUUAAUGCAUGAUCACAAGGAUGAAUUGACGGAAGAAGAACAAGAAUCAGCAAGAACAUUUGUAGAUGCAUUGAAAUCUUGUGGGUAUAAAAGCAUUCCUUCCACUGCACUGCUAAAACCAGACAUCAUUAAAGCUAUGAAAGAGGAUCAAAAAAAGUAUGAGGCAGAAGAAGGUGUGAACAAAGCUGCUUGGGAGAAGACUAUGACUAACAAUCGGCAAAAUCUCUUUCAACGGCUGGAUGCAAAGUCAAAAGAUAUUUCCAAAAUAGCUGCAGACAUCACCCAAACAGUCUCUCUCUCUCAGGGGAUGGAAAGAAAGAAGGUGAUUCAGCAUAUUAGGGGUAUAUAUAAGGCAGACUUAAGUGCCAGUAGACACUGGCAGGAACUUGUUCAGCAGCUUACACAUGAUAGAGCACUUUGGUAUGACCCUGUCUACUAUCCAACAUCUUGGCAACUGGAUCCAACAGAAGGCCCAAAUAGAGAGAGACGCCGUUUGCAGAGGUGCUAUUUGACCAUACCAAAUAAAUACCUUCUCCCAGACAGGCAGAAACAGGAGGAAGUAAUCGAACCCCCAUUGUCUUACUUAUUUGAAGAUAAAACUCAUUCCUCUCACUCUUCCACUGUCAAAGACAAAGCAGCAAGUGAGAAUAUAAGAGUUAAUCGAAGAUGCAUUAGUGUGGCACCGUCUCGAGAGACAGCUGGUGAACUGUUGUUAGGAAAAUGUGGAAUGUAUUUUGUUCAAGACAAUGCUUCUGAUACAAUUGAAAAUUCUAGUUUUCAUGGAGAAACUGAACCAGCAUCCUUUUCUUGGACAUAUGAAGAAAUUAAGGAAGUUCAUAAGCGUUGGUGGCAGUUAAGAGACAAUGCUGUGGAAAUAUUUCUGACAAAUGGUAGAACUUUGCUUUUAGCUUUUGAUAACACAAAGGUCCGUGAUGAUGUGUACCACAGCAUCUUAACGAAUAACCUGCCUAACCUUUUGGAAUAUGGAAAUAUUACUGCUUUGACCCACUUGUGGUACACAGGACAGAUUACUAAUUUUGAAUAUCUGACUCAUUUAAAUAAGCAUGCUGGCCGUUCCUUUAAUGAUCUCAUGCAAUAUCCAGUGUUUCCAUUUAUCCUUUCUGACUAUACCAGUGACUCUCUGGACCUAAAUGAUCCAUCUGUUUAUAGAAACUUAGUCAAACCUAUUGCUGUACAGUCUAAAGAAAAGGAAGAUCGUUAUGUGGAUACGUAUAAGUACUUGGAAGAGGAAUACCGUAAAGGAGCUCGAGAGGAUGACCCAAUGCCCCCUGUGCAACCUUACCACUAUGGCUCUCAUUACUCCAACAGUGGAACUGUACUUCACUUCCUUGUCAGACUACCUCCUUUUACUAAAAUGUUUUUAGCCUAUCAAGAUCAGAGUUUUGACAUUCCAGACAGAACCUUUCACUCCACCAAUACAACCUGGCGUCUCUCAUCCUACGAAUCUAUGACUGAUGUAAAGGAGCUAAUCCCAGAAUUUUUCUACCUCCCAGAGUUUUUAGUUAACAGAGAAGGUUUUGAUUUUGGAGUGCGACAGAAUGGUGAAAGAGUUAAUCAUGUCAAUCUCCCACCGUGGGCACGUAAUGAUCCUCGUCUCUUCAUCCUGAUUCAUCGUCAAACUUUGGAGUCUGACCAUGUUUCCCAGACAAUCUGUCAUUGGAUAGAUUUGGUGUUUGGAUAUAAGCAGAAGGGCAAGGCUUCAGUUCAGGCUAUAAAUGUUUUCCAUCCUGCUACAUACUUUGGGAUGGAUGUUUCUGCUGUUGAAGAUCCUGUUCAAAGAAGAGCUUUGGAAACCAUGAUAAAAACAUACGGACAGACCCCUCGUCAGUUAUUCUACACAGCGCACAUCAGCAGACCGGGGUCCAGGCUCAUAAUGGAAGGAGAACUUCCUGCUGCGAUGGGGUUAUUAGUGCAGUUUGCUUUCAGAGAAACCAGGGAGCACACUAAAGAAAUAGUAUAUCCAAGUCCUUUGCCUUGGAUAAAAGGUUUGAAGUGGGGUGAAUAUGUUGGCUCCCCAAGCUCUCCAGAUCCUGUUGUUUGUUUUAGUCAGCCACAUGGGGAGAGGUUUGGCUCUUUGCAAGCUCUGCCAACUAGAGCUAUUUGUGGUCUCUCCCGAAAAUUCUGCCUUCUGAUGAUAUAUAGCAAAGAACAAGGUGUGAGAAGCAUGCAUAGUACAGAUAUCCAGUGGUCAGCCAUUCUGAGUUGGGGAUAUGCCGAUAACAUUUUAAGACUAAAAAGCAAGCAAAGUGAACCUCCAGUAAACUUUAUACAGAGUUCGCAGUUCCACCAGGUAACAAGUUGUGCUUGGGUGCCAGACAGCUGUCAGCUUUUUACAGGUAGCAAAUCUGGUGUCAUCACAGCAUAUGUGAACAAGUUCACCAGUAGUACACCAUCUGAAAUAGAAGUGGAGUCUCAGGUACAUCUGUAUGGUCACACAGCAGAAAUAACCAGCUUAUUUGUCUGCAAACCAUACAGUAUAAUGAUAAGCGUCAGCGAGGAUGGAACCUGUGUAAUAUGGGACUUGAACAGACUUUGCUAUGUCCAGAGCCUUGCUGGGCACAAAAGUCCAGUGACAGCAGUCUCUGCUAGUGAAACAACUGGUGAUAUUGCAACAGUUUGUGAUUCAGUUGGAGGUGGUAGUGACCUGAGACUUUGGACAGUCAAUGGUGAUCUUGUAGGACAUGUACACUGCAGGGAAAGCAUUUGCUCUGUUGCUUUCUCCAACCAGCCUGAAGGAGUUUCUGUCAACGUUAUUGCAGGGGGGCUUGAAAAUGGAGUUGUAAGGCUGUGGAGCACAUGGGACUUGAAACCUGUACGUGAAAUAACAUUUUCCAAAUCGAAUAAACCUAUUGUAAGCCUUACAUUUUCCUGUGAUGGUCAUCACUUGUACACAGCUAAUAGUGAUGGAAAUGUUAUAGCUUGGUGUCGCAAGGACCAGCAACGCUUGAAGCUGCCCAUGUUCUAUUCAUUCCUAAGCAACUACGCAGCUGGAUGAUGAGACUCUUUAUGCUGCUAAACCACCGUGACUCUAAAGCACUUUAAAAAUCAAACUAGAUGCUAGAACCUCUGUUGUUUAACUGGAUUUUGAAAAAGAUUGAUUAUCUGUCAAACAAGUCAAUUGAUUUACAAAAAGGCUAUUGUAAAAUGUAUAUAUGCAUGCCUAAAACUUAAGCAUAUCAAAUUCACAAGGAAGCUCUGGUCUUGUAUUUUGAUACCAGCAAAGUGAUGCAUAAAUGCUCCAACCAACAAACUGAAAUGCUGCAGUGUGAAAUGUAAUAGUAUUUUCUUAAUCACUUCUUGGAAACAAGUAUUCCCAAUAUUGAAUCAUGAGUGGUAACUCUUCUUUCAUCUGUUGUAAAAUAAGAGUAGCAUUAAAUUCUUAAAUAUCUAUAAGAAUGUCAAUGAGUAUAUCUGGUUAGUUGAAUAUAAUAUGGCUGGCUUUGAGAUAAGUGCCCAGUAACUUUAAAAUCCAAGAUUCAAAAUUGCUUUUUUAAGAAGCAAGUGACUCAGUAGGUGCUUUUUGCACCAACCAUUUUAUGGUGUCAGUAAUGCUAAAAAUUGAACUUGUGUUAUGAAUCUUGAUAGUCUGUAACUUUUGCUGGCUGUCUCUUCAUCUCUGGUCUAAAACCAGACAAACAAAUAUGCUUGUGCCUUAAUACAGGCAAACAUCUCAUGCUACCAUGAAGCAAUACUUUAAACCAGGUUUUUAUGUAAUUGUAAACUGCAAAGAUUCAUAACAUUAGUUAUUGUGAGUCUGUGUGGCAGAAUGUUUAAUUUGCAUCCCAGAGCUAAAAAUACCCACAAAGAAUGGCACAGAUGUGCUCCCAUUUAUUGUCAUUGAAAGUUAGAUUUAAACAUCUUAUAGCAUAUUUAACUGCUUGACUUAUCAAUGUUAACUGGCAACAAAUCAUUUGGAAAAGUUUACACAGAUAUACAGUGCAAAUACACUAUUUAUUUCUAGGUGCUAUUUUUUGAAGAAAGUACUGCUGAUACAAAGUAGAAAUCAAAUUAGGCCAGGUCAAAAGCCAACUCCUUAUAAGCUGGCAAAAUUAAUUUUGAAAAGAACUCUUUGGCAGUAGUCUCAACAUAUAACUGACAUAGUGAAUAACUUAAUUAUUCUGAGACUGAGUAUUGACUGAGGGUAACUAUUUCCUCCACUACAAAAAUGUUAAAACCCAAGAUUGUCACAUACCUAAACCUAUGAAGUAAUUUAAAACAUUUUCCUCAAACUCAUUUUGCCUUGAAAUUGUUUACACAGUCCACCUCUAACAUGCAGAUUUUAAUUGUUCUAUUUCAUUUUAUUUAGUGUCUGUUUCAAAUACUGUACCAUAACUUAACAAAUUCUAGAUCGUUGUAUGUGUUUAUGUAUUUUUCUUUAUCACAAACCUGUGAAUUUCUUUUGAAAAUUCCAAACAUAAAGGAAUUUACAGAAAUUCUUGUGACUUUUUCUAGAUUUUCAAAAACUGUCCACCUAUGCUAUUUAAAUGUCUUUCCAUAGGUCCAUAUAAUGAAAGUAGAUAAUUGGUCCAGUUAAACAAAUGGCUGAAUACUGUAUGAAUUUAAACUGCAUAUAUUAUAGAUUCAUUGAAUGGGAUGGCUUUAAUCAUGUUUUUCUUAGUCUAAAUGUUAAUUUAAGAUCCAAAUACAAACUGAGAAGUUUGGUUCAUGUUGAAGUGAUGUGUUUAAUUUAAAAAAAAAAAAAAAAAAAAAAACUUAUUUGGGAACUUCAUUUACUCCCAUAUUUGAAUCUGAUUUUGGCGCGUUGCUCAUGGAGUCUUAUUUUUAAAAGGCAGAAUUCUAUUUGUUAUAAAUCUGAUGUGCAAAAUAGUUGGUCUUGUAAAAAGUGCAAUAUAUUUUUAUGUAAAAACACAGAUGAAUUUUUGGAGCGGGGAAUAGUUAUUCAGCUUGAUAACAACAUGUUCUAGAAAUAUGUUAAAACACCUCACAAGAGUACAUGUGUAUGUCAUUGAAAAUUCUUGUAAAUAAUCACAUGCUACCUUAUCUUUGUAUACACUGCCACUUAGGUUGUUGGGUAAUAAAUAAUUUGAUACAAAUA